AUGACCAACUGUUGCUCCCCUUGCUGUCAGGCUACGUGCUGCAGGACCACCUGCUGCAGGACCACCUGCUGGAAGCCCACCUGUGUGACCACCUGCAGCAGCACACCCUGCUGCCAGCCCACCUGCUGUGUGUCCAGCUGCUGCCAGCCUUGCUGCCGCCCAACUUGCUGUCAAAACACCUGCUGCCAGCCCACCUGUGUGACCAGCUGCUGUCAGCCUUCCUGCUGCAGCACACCCUGCUGCCAGCCCUCCUGCUGUCCCACCUGUGUGACCAGCUGCUGCCAGCCCUCCUGCUGUGGGUCAAGCUGCUGUGACCAAACCAGCUGUGGGUCCAGCUGUGGCCAGACCAGCUCCUGUGCACCUGUCUACUGCAGAAGAACCUGCUACCACCCCACAUGUGUCUGCCUGCCUGGUUGCCUAAACCAGAGCUGUGGAUCCAGCUGCUGCCAGCCCUGCUGCCGCCCAGCCUGCUGUGAGACCACCUGCUGCAGGACCACUUGCUUCCAGCCCACCUGUGUGUCCAGCUGCUGCCAGCCUUCUUGCUGCUGA